AUGACUGAAAUUAUGGAUAAGAUUAUGGAAGAUGAUAUUGUUGGUGUUUGCGACACUUUGGUUCAAAUGGGUAUAUUUUCAAAAGAUGUGCAUACUGCAGAUGGUGUAACGUCUUGGAUGAGCGAGACAUUAAAAGCUCAAGUGCUCGACAGAAAGAGGCUGAAUCUGUCACUUCUUGGGCAUGUAGAGUCGAAGAUUUGUUCGCCAACUGAAAGUGAGCAUUCGAAUUCCUAUGAAGCUGGCAAUGCAAUCCGUAGAGUAUUUUGGCAUGGAUUAUUACCUCAUUUUAAGGAUGUAUCUUCGCAUAAAUACGAUCAACCUACAACUUUCGAUGAGCUAAGAGUUCGAUUUAAAUACUCUGGUCGUUCAUAUGACUCAGAGUUAAAGGAACUUAAGAGCAUAGUGAAGAUGUUGUCUACUCAAAUGGGUGAAUUGAAGGAGACUGUAUCUCAGUUUGUUCAACCUGUCCAAUCAUCUUCCGAUAGCACAUCUCGAAGGGAAGGAAAUAGAAGGUUUGGAACGUCUACGAAUUUUCGUAAUAGUUAUCACACAGGACCAGUGUGUUGGAGAUGUGGUAAACCUGGGCAUUUACAGAUGAAUUGGAUAUUUAUUUUGGUCGGUGAUACUUUAGCACUAGUCCUUACCACACCUUUUUUUACUAAUGGUAUAGAUCUAAUUAGUAAAGGCGGAAUGCAUUGGAAGCCUCCGUAUUGGUAUUUAGCACAUAUCCAACGACUAUCCGACUUUCAUGUGGUGUAUUUCUUAGAUGUAAUGUGUGUAAUAAAUGUAUGA